AUGACCCCCCUUGUUGCUUUCCGUGUUGCUGCUCUCCGAUCUCGAGUCACGGUCAUGGUCACGGCCAAGCGCUGGUCGAGUGCGAAUGAUGGCGCUCUUCUAAAGGACCUACCCAAGUCGUGGACCUUCACGCGCUCUCUGCCGGCCGACGCCAUCUUCCCGACCCCUGCCGCCUCUCACAAGACGCCCCGUGAGCAAAUCAGGCCGCGACAAGUUCUACAUGCUGCCUUCACAUGGGUCCGUCCUGAACAGCAAACGGACCCGGAGCUCCUGGCCGUAAGCGCCGCUUCGUUGCGCGACAUCGGAAUCAGAGAGGGCGAGGAGAAGACCGACGACUUCCGUCAGUUUGCUGCCGGCAACAAGCUGUAUGGCUGGGACGAAAUGAAUCUGGAGGGUGGCUACCCGUGGGCUCAGUGCUAUGGCGGGUUUCAGUUCGGUCAGUGGGCUGGCCAACUUGGCGAUGGCAGGGCCAUAUCGCUCUUCGAGUCGACGAACCCGGCGUCGGGGACGCGGUACGAGCUGCAGCUAAAGGGCGCUGGACGGACGCCAUAUUCCCGCUUCGCUGAUGGCAAGGCCGUCUUGCGAUCCAGCAUCCGCGAGUUCCUCGUUUCCGAGGCACUCAAUGCCCUCAACAUACCGACCACCCGAGCCCUGUCGCUGACUCUGCUGCCGCACUCCCAGGUGCGGAGGGAGAGCCUUGAGCCCGGCGCAAUAGUCCUGCGAUAUGCCCAAUCCUGGCUUCGCCUGGGCAACUUUGACAUCCUGCGCGCAAGGGGAGACAGGGACCUCAUUCGGAAGCUGGCUAGUUACAUCGCCGAGCACGUCUUCCAUGGCUGGGGAAGUCUACCUGCUCGUCUGGACGACCCUGACAAUGCUGGCGAAUCCCCUGUCCCGAAGCGUGGAAUCGCGUCCGAUGCCGUCCAGGGCCCCGAAGCGACGGCCGAGAACAGAUUCGUGCGGCUAUACAGGGAGAUUGUGAGAAGGAAUGCUACGACCGUCGCCGCGUGGCAGGCGUACGGCUUCAUGAACGGCGUCUUGAAUACGGACAACACGUCAAUAUACGGACUGUCCUUGGACUUUGGACCUUUUGCCUUUAUGGACAAUUUUGACCCGGAGUAUACACCCAACCACGAUGAUCACAUGUUACGCUACAGCUUCAAGAACCAACCAACCAUUAUAUGGUGGAACCUUAUUCGAUUGGGGGAGGCUUUGGGAGAGUUGAUGGGCGCCGGAGCCGAGGUCGACGAUGAAUCAUUCAUCACCGAGGGCGUCAAGGACGGUCAAGAGCACCGCAUUGUUGACCGGGCUCAAAAGCUCAUAAUGCAAACAGGCGAAGAGUACAAGGCGAUAUUCCUGGCCGAGUACAAGCGGCUUAUGACCGCUCGCUUGGGUUUGCGCCACUUCAAGGAGUCGGAUUUUGAAGCAUUAUUCAGCUCGGCCCUUGACACCAUGCAAGCUCUCGAGCUGGACUUCAACCACUUCUUUCGUCGGCUGAGUGGCCUCAGAUUGGCCGAAAUUGCGACGCCAGAGGCUCGAGAGGAGAAGUCGUGCAUUUUUUUCCACAGAGAAGGGCCUCCGAAGGACAUCGGCGAGGUCGAGGCCAGACGCCAGCUCGCCAGCUGGCUGGAAAAGUGGCAUGCCCGCGUGACCGAGGACUGGAGCGACGGUGGGGACGGCCUUUCUACAGCUCGAGACGGGGAGCGAAUCCGGGCCAUGGAAAGUGUGAACCCCAACUUCGUUCUCCGUGGCUGGAUUUUGGACGAGGUGAUCCGACGGGUCGAGAAGGAUGGUGAACGAGACGUCCUGCAUCGCAUCCUGCACAUGGCCCUCAAUCCAUUCGAGGCGGAGUGGGAUAGCAAAAUCUUCGACAAUUGUGUGUGGAAAGGUGAUGCCGAGGAGGAAAAGAGAUGGGUUGGGGAUGUACCCCGGACGGAACGCGCCAUGCAGUGCAGCUGCAGUUCGUAA